AACACGUUGAGUUGUCGAGUUUUGAGAAUGGCAGCUGUGUAUGGAAGUAGAUAAAUCGAAACUGCUUAUAUGCGAGCGAUUGUAGUAUGUAGGGUUCUCCGGUAGUUGUUGUCCACCGGUGACUGACUGGUAAGGGCAGCUUUUGUCGAAGGAAAUUGGCUGUGGAUUUUACCUUGAGUGAGACGAUGUUGUGAUGUUGUUUCGAAUGGUGAGAGGGAUGCCUUCCCGACAAGUGGCCACAUUGGCUGCAGUUUUUGGCUGCUUUCUCCUCUUCUAUCUACAUCUUAUCGGUGAAAUCACAAGACUGGACACAGCCAGAUUAAAACUAGAACGAGCCGUUGCCAAACUUCAGUUGGAUAAUCUGGAUUUUGCUCGCCGACCUUUGUCGUCAUCCCGCUUUCAGGACACUGAUUUGGACGCCGGAGAUGACAUGAUAAUAAUUUAUAACAGAGUGCCCAAAACAGGGAGUACUUCCUUUGCCGGGAUUGCCUAUGAGCUUUGCUCCAAAAACGGGUACCAUGUACUUCAUCUCAACGUCACGAAGAAUUCACAUAUUUUAUCGCUUUCUGACCAGUUCCGCUUUGUAAAUAACAUUUCUACAUGGGAGUCAAAAAAGCCUGCAAUGUAUCAUGGACAUUUAGCUUAUUUGGAAUUCUCCAGAUUUGGAGUUCAAAAGAAACCAAUAUUUAUCAACUUGAUUCGAGAUCCUUUAGACAGGCUUGUAUCAUAUUACUAUUUCCUGCGCCAUGGCGAUGACUUUCGACCUCACCUGAAAAGGAGAAAGGCUGGUAAUAGAGAGACAUUUGACGAAUGUGUGAUGAAACAAGGACCAGACUGUGAUCCUAACAACCUGUGGAUGCAGAUACCAUUCUUCUGUGGACACUCUGCACAGUGCUGGGAGCCUGGUAACCGAUGGGCAUUGGAGCAGGCCAAGUACAACCUGGUACAGAACUACCUAGUGGUGGGCAUAACAGAGGAGCUGGGCGACUUUGUGGCCAUACUAGAGGCGACGUUACCCCGAUUCUUUAGGGGAGCUGUCGAUCUGUAUAACAAAGGGGAAAUUUCUCGUCUACGGAAAACAUUUAACAAGAUUUCACCAUCAGAGGAAACUGUCUCUGCUAUCCAUGAGUCAGAGGUGUGGAAAAUGGAGAAUGAAUUCUAUGAAUUCGCUGUAGAACAAUUUCACUUUAUCAAAAAGAGAACAUUUGGCAUACGAGACGGAGAAUUUGUUGAAAAGGGGAAACAAUUUAAUUACGAAAAAAUCCGACCAAGGUAGCCAUGUUUGGACCCCAUGAAGAACUGAAUCAAUCAUGUAAUGGAAGGAGGAGGUAGCAUUGAAGUGAGCAUGUGCCAUGACUUUCAAAACAGGAAGUCCUCUUCACCAUACGUGAGAACCACAUUGUCCAGUGAAGUAAAGUGAGCAUGUACCAUGACCUUUCAGACAGGAAGUACAAUUCACCAUACAAGAAAACCACAAGGUCCUGAGGUAAACUGAGCAUGUGCUAUGACCUUUCAGACAGGAAGUUGACCUCAGAGAAUGACCUUUGACACAGGAAGUCAUCUGUGAGCAUGUAUUUAAAGACCUACAACCAGAAGUUCCAUGUGAACAUUGAUAAAGCAACCUGUAUCAAGUGUAAAAAAUGGUGCGCAAGACAAUGAGUAUCAGACUUGCAAAGGAAGUAAUUAUGGUUUGGAUACAGUUAUGGUUUGUGAAAGUCAAAAUAUAACAUACAUAUAAUCAUAAAACUUUCACCAUGGUCAACAUGUCUAUAGUGACUCACCGACGGCCAUCUUUGAAACUACAUUUUGAUUGAAAGGAACCAACAGUUACUUAUGGCUUUGAAUGACCUCAAAUCAUAAUGCCUGAACUGAUGCAGAAAUUGUGUUUAUGUUCAUGUAGAUGUUUCAUUGUAUUGAGAAAGUUUGGAGCUUAACAAACUUUCUCUGUGAUCAGAGCAUGGGUAUAAAUUAUUAAGCUUUGCAUACAACUCCGUCUAUAAAGGUCGCCAUUAAAACUUGGUUGAUUUACAUUUUGUGCCAGGAAAUUAGUGUUCUUCAUGCACAGUCACAAACAGGCCUGAAAGUACAAAAGUACAAAAGUGUGUACAUAUUAAGUGUGUAUGAAUUUAGAUUUUAUGUCAUGAUGAGCUGACAGGAUGUUAAUCAUGAGUGUGGGUAAUAUGUGUACCGGACAGACAUUUCUGAAAACCUGUCUACUGUCAGGUUCUUGAACAUGGUCUUUUUGAUUAACAAAAAAAGCCCCACUAAAAUGAAGUAUAGAUAAGAUGAAAAGUUAUUAAGCACUGUCUAGAAACUUAAUUGCAUGCAUUUUUUUUUUUUUUUAAUAUUUCCAACCAAGUAAAAUGCUUUACAAACAAAGGGGACAUAUAGGGUAUCAGUAAGGUCACAGCCAUAUGUUAGCUUGAAAGGUGUAUUUGGUAAUGGCAUUCAUAGCUCUGUGUGCAUACUGAAUGAUGAAACCUAGCAGUCGAUAUGUUUUAAGCGGCAAAAACCUGAUGUGACGUCACUGAUCCCAAAAGGCCACCAUUGAAUCUAAAGCUGCAAAAAAAUUCUAAAAAAAUACAUAAAACUAUUUUGUUGGGCUUUCAGGUGGCAAACGCUUCAUGUUGGUCUUUUCUUUGCCUUUAAACAUUAUAAGACGAUGAAAAUCCCUUUGGUAUGCUAUUGCUUUGCUAGUGGCAAAUCUGUUGAAUGCCACUGGUUUGUUAUUAGGGCACUUGUGGUAUGCCCAUGAUUUGCUAUUGGUGCACUUGUGGUAUGCCCAUGAUUUGCUAUUGAUGCACUUGUGGUAUGCCCAUGAUCUGAUAUUGGUGCACUUGUGGCAUGCCCAUGAUUUGUUAUCGGUGCACUUGUUAUAUGCCCGUAAGUUGCUAGUGAUGACACUGUGGUAUGGUGUUAUACUGGCCGCAGAAAAUCUCGGUUUACUGAUCACCACAUCCACACACCACUGUUUUCGUGUAACACUACACCCACAAUAAUUGAAGGCUUGUGGAAUGCUAGCAGCCUGCUAAAAGUGUGCUAAUGGUGAUGUUCUGGCAUGCCACUGAGAACCUUCAUCCACUUUUCAGUGUAACCCUUUCGUUUGAUCAUGAUAAUGAUCAUCUGAAGCUAACUCAUGAUCACUGUUUGUACAGAAUGAUCAAGAUCAGAUGUGUCACAAUUAUGAUAUUCUACAGGAUGCGAUGGCUUCGCUCAUGAUUUUUUGCAGGAUGAUCGAAAUCAUGGAAAAUCCUCGGCAAAUCGUUUCAAAAGGAUGACUGUUUCAAAGGAUAUCUUAUUUUAACAAGUUUCCGCAACCUUCUGCAUGUAACCUCUCCGGCUGCAGUCAUUUUCAAAUUUAAUACUUUACCUUCACUGCUAAAGGCUGAAUGGAAAUUUAUAUGGCAUUCGGAAAGUAUCUUCUUUCAACAUUUUCAUCCUUAUAGCUAAAUUCUGGGAGACAUUAAAUGACAUUGAAUACUGCAUUUCACACAUGGAAGAAGUUCAGAAAGUAUGGUAAUGAUGUUAAAAUUGUUCUGGAAAUGUAUAUACUAACUGGAUAUAUAAAGUUAUAAUUUGCUAUAAUGUAAUGUGUAUGUUCACCACCGAAAGUAGAACAGAAUGUUAUUUAUUAGUGGAAUGUGUUUUUAUUACGGGAGAUAAAAUAUAAGUACAAGUAUAUAUAUCAUAGGUUUGAAGGCCUUCCUCCAAACUUUAGAUUUCUAGGUGUAAUUGUUCUGCUCAGUGCUCAUAUAUGAUAAUGCUUCCAAUAAGACUGAGUUAUAUUUUAGACACAUACAAUAUAUGUAAUCGUUUGCUAUACAGUACUAGCUGAUUCUUCAUAGGAUUUAUACCAGUAGCCCUUGAAAAUGUAAAUCGUGUGCUCUAUUUCAAGUUUGCAGCAGAUGACCUGUGGUUAUACAGAUGGUUUCCUUUGGGCGUUAUGGAUUGUUUCCUCCAGCUUUUAUGGAUGGUUU